UUGAAAUAUUGGAUAUUGGACCUUUAGAUUUGACUUUUAGUGUAGUAUACAUUUGUAAUGGUGAGGGGACACAUAUUGAUGAUGAUGAUGACAACAAAAGAAGUGGUGAAAAAUGUUUCUAUUGUUAUUUUCCAUUUGUGAAACAGGAGCAAGCGAAAGAACAGAGCAGCAGAAGAAAAACAGUGGGUUUGAAGAUGAGCUUUCUGAAGUCCUUGAAAGCCAAGGCAAUGGGAACACGGAAAGAGAUGCAUCAGAGGGGACCCACAAUGAGAAGCCAACUGCCUCUUUGGCUGAGCUGGAAACGGAAAAGUCUUUUCAGAAUAAACAGAAUGUUUUGAAAGAGGAGAGAAAUAGCUUGGAAGAGAAAGAGCCAAGGAUUCGAGGUGUUGAUCCUGAGGAUGAAAAGGAGAAUAUAACAGGGUUUGAGGGCAAUGAAGUUGAUGAAAUGGAAGGCUUGCCUUGGAGUGAUGCAAUAGACAAUCGUAUCAGUGACAUCAGGCAAGAUGAUGUACUUAAGCUGACACACCAGGAAGUUGAAAAAGUUGCAGAGACAGAGGAAUCUGAGGAUGAGAAUGAGCAUGUUUUCAAAGAGAGUCAGGAAGAAAGGAAGGAGGAAGAAGAUGGUAAGGUCAGAGAGCAGGUUGAGAAGGAAGAAGAGGAUAAAGAAGAAAAGGAUGAAGUAAAGGAUGAAGAACAAGAAGAGAAAGAGAGGAAUGCUUCUGAAGAGGAACAUCCUACCAAUUCAGAUAAUGUGGAUGAUCAAAGGGAAGAUGAUAAUCAAGAUGAUGGCAAAAAUUUCUCAGAAGAAAAAGAUAAAUAUCAUAAUGUGAAAAGUAGAGAGCAUCGCUUUCUAGAUGGAACAAGGCAGGAUGAUGACUCCUCCCAUGACAGCGAUUCCAAAAGUGAAGAGAUGGAAAAAACCUCUUUCCAAGAUGUAGAAGAUGCUAAGAGAUGGAACAAGAUGGAUGAGCUGGCCAAACAACUGACUACUACAAAGCGUGCAGAGGAGAAUGAAAGUGAUGAAGACCCAGAUAGAUCCAUGAAAAUGGCUUUCAAAUCCCACAACACAGUUGACUUCCAUAAGUCUCCAGAAGAUGAAGCAAGGAGGCUUCAGAAGCAUCAUUCAAAAGAGGACAGUGAACAAGGUUUUCCACUUCUUCCCAUACCUGAAGAAAAAAAGGAUGAAGAGGGAAGUGCAAACAGGAGGACAGAGGACCAAGAACUGGAAAGCUUGGCUGCAAUUGAAGCGGAACUAGAGAAAGUUGCCCGCAAGCUCCAUGCCCUGAGAAGAGGUUAAUGCUUCGACAACAUAACAUGGGAGCAAGACAUCAGAAAUGUUGAAUCACUAUUUUAAACAAUGCAUUUUAUUUUAAGACAAUAAAGUAAUAAUGGAGGAGGUGAUUUUUUUUGCAAAAGCCUGUAUUACAACAAAAAACAGCCAUUUCUCUUUUUUUCUAGUUGUGAUGCUUUCUUGUUUUUUGUCAUAAUUUGCUUAUUUGCUUUCUGCUUGAUUUACUAUUCAUUUUAUUUUAUAAUGUUUGGAUUAUUGCAUAAUAAGCAGUAUGAUUUAACAUACAUAUUCUCUGUUGCAAAAAGAAAAAAUGAUUUAUAGUUUCCUGUUAUUUCUUUUCCCCUCCUCUCUUCCCUUCAUUAUCAGCUUUCUAGAAUUAUUUAUCCCAUUAGAUUUCCUGGAUAAAAUUACUUGCAAUAAUUUGUUAAUGUUCUGAUUUAAAGAUAGCACUCUUGACUGCAAUAUAUUCUACGUAAAAACUAAGGAGAAAAUAAAAGACACAAUCUUGGUCUC